AUGACAACCAACACACCACCCGAACCCCCAACAAUGACCCCGGCAACACCAGCGCGUGCCGCUGCACUUCUUUCAAACCUAACGGCCGUGCGCGCGCGAGUGAGCACAGCCGCCCUCCAAGCCCCAAUCCCCAGCAAACCAAUUCGACUCGUAGCUGUCUCCAAGCUCAAGCCCGCGGCCGACGCCCUAGCAUUGCACCAAGCCCCAGGAUCGCAACUCCACUUUGGCGAGAACUACCUGCAAGAACUACUCGAGAAAUCGCGACUGCUGCCGGCAAGCAUCAAAUGGCACUUCAUUGGCGGGCUGCAGAGCAACAAGUGCGUGACGCUUGCGCGGGAUGUGCGCGGGCUGUGGGCCGUCGAGAGUGUCGACUCGGAGAAAAAGGCGAAGCUGCUGGAUAAAGGGUGGGGCGAGAGGGGACCUGAUAUGGCUGCUACGAACCACGACGAGGAUGGGAGACUGCGCAUCUAUGUCCAGGUUAAUACAUCUGGCGAGGAGAAUAAGGCUGGCGUUGAACCCUCUGCGGCGACAGCGCUUUGUCGAUAUGUUCGCGAGCAGUGUCCCCGGCUCAAGUUGCAGGGUUUUAUGACCAUUGGUGCUAUUGCGAGAUCGCGGGCGACGACGGUGGAGAAUGAAAAUGAGGACUUUGUUUGUUUGAGGGAGACGAGGGAUCGAGUGGUCAAGGAGCUUGGCUUGGUUGGGGAUGAGGCUGAAUUGGAGCUUAGUAUGGGUAUGAGCUCAGAUUUCGAGGGGGCGAUUGCUCUUGGUAGCGAUCAGGUAAGGGUUGGAACCACGAUCUUCGGGGAUCGGCCGCCUAAGGCGGAGGCAAGCAUUGUUUGA